CUGUAAUACAGAAUUAGUUAGUUAUCCCCAGUGUAUGGACUCUUGCUAUUUUGGUACUGAGCUCCCUUGUUUUGAACUUGGAAGUACUAGUAAUCACGUACUAGUAGUUAGCUGAAUCAGACAUGCCAGCAGCUGACAAAGAUUUACUUGAUCAUCCUUGGGCAAUGUAGCUUUUCUUGGGCCUUAGUGCACACAUCUCUACUUCUCUUGGAAUACCAAUAUUUGCUUCUUCCAGCGUUUUGAUCUGACCACACCUGCCUAAGCUCCUCUCGUUCCGUCUGUCGGGAAUGGCGUCUCGAAAUUCUCGUAACGACGCCUGGGUAUUGGACCAAGGCAGGGAAAGGCACUUGUCCAGUGACAAUGAUAGUGUAUGUGGAGCAAACAGUGACUCAGAAACCGCACCACUGCUACAACGGCGUGAUGUAGAUCAUGCACGCCGUUGGAAGUCCAUCCGGGUUAUGUACAUCACUAUGUUUAUCGGCAGUGUCGGUUUCUCCAUCAUCUUGUCAUCUGUUUGGCCAUAUCUUCAGCAGGUGGAUAAAUGUGUAACGGCCUCGUUUCUAGGUUACGUGGUGGCUGCUUACUCUGUGGGCCAGCUGAUUGCCUCACCACUGUUCGGGUUUUGGGCUAACCGGCAGAAGUCCAGCCUUACUCCUAUCCUUGUGUCGCUGGUCAUCAACUUUCUGGGCAGUAUGAUGUAUGGAUUCUCAGGUGCUCUGACAGCGCAUGAUUCUACGAAUGGUAUCUUCAUGCUUGUCUCAAGAUUUUUUAUCGGUGUUGGUGCGGGCUCAGUGUCUGUGGUGAGAGCAUACGUAUCAGCUGCCACCACUAUGGAGGAGCGCACUGCCGCCAUGGCUAACAUCAGUGCAGCUCAGUCAUUGGGUUUUAUCCUAGGGCCAGGUUUGGCAGCUGCUUUCCGACCAAUUGGUGAAACGGGUGUCACGUGGAAAGUCUUGCGCCUACAGUUAAAUAUGUACACGUUACCUUCAUUCUUGGGUGCUUUCCUUGCGCUGAUCAACAUCGGUGUAUUGCUCAUGUGGUUCACUGAGUGCACCAUGGCGUUUGAGCCAAGUAUUAGCAUCCAAGACAAGGUAACUCGCUCCAUUCAGGUGAAUGCUGAUGGAGAAGAGAGCACGGGCAAGCAGCAAUCUCUCUGUUCUUGUUUUCGCACUGGUGAUCAAGGUGAUCGAGGUUCAAGCAGCACAGGGAUCGACAAUACUGCUUCACUUAUUUGUAUCGUUCUCUUUUUCGUCGUCCUCUUCAUCUUCUCAGUAUUUGAAACGAUUCUCAGUCCCUUGUCGAUGGAUGAGUUUGGCUGGAGUGGUGAGCAGGCCACACUCUACAAUGGUAUAGUGCUGCUUUCAUCUGGUGUUGUGGCCGUUGCUACCUUCAUGGUUGUCAAGAUUCUCUCGAAAAGGUAUGAUGAGCGCAACAUUUUCAUCUGCGGCAUGAUUAUCUGUUCACUGGCGUUUGUUCUGUAUAUUCCGUUCAACCAUGGACGACCUCCACUCAACUAUGGUAAUGGCACCUUGACACAUGCAAGUAUGCUUUCUGUAAGCAGUAAUGGCGAUAGUGAGGAUGCUGAUGCGAGGAUCGGUUCUGAUUAUUCAGAUAUCUCCAGUAGUCGGUCAGUGGCCUGGACCGGCAUUCGUGCUUCCGACAUGCUGCCAUACGUUGCCACUACUAGGCACCACUAUUCCGAACAACCCGAGCAGGAUGAAGACUUGUGGCAAGGAGCAGAUGACGAGGCUACUCUCGAUGUUGCAUCAUCAGCCUCUGCGACAAAGUGCAGCAAUAGCAACAUGACCAACGUGACCUCUGCAGGCGGUUGUCCCGUGGUCAAGUAUCCGUGGUGCCUGGAUUCGUAUCAUUUGAAUUUCUAUCAAUUCCUCGGUGGUGGUCUCCUGAUGGCUGUUGGAUAUCCCACAUGCGCUGUCAUGUGUUACGCUAUCUUCUCUAAGAUCCUUGGCCCAUUCCCUCAGGGCACAAUGAUGGGCUGGUUAACAGCUGCAGGUAGUGCUGCACGUGCCUUUGGUCCCAUGAUCGUCAGUAAUGUAUACACAGCAGCAGGACCUCGGAUAGCAUUCGCCUGCACCUCCUGCUUUGUCCUACUAGCAAUUGGCAUUCUAUUGCUGUCUUACAAGCGGCUAGUUCCGUACCGUCCUCCUCGUGUUCGCUCAUGAAACUGACCAUUGUCUGUAGUAUCCUGAAUAACAUUGUAUCCAUGGCGUCAUUCCCUGCUGCUCUAGCAUAUGCUCAGAGUAUGGAUAGUAUGAUGGUGAUGCUGCCAUGACUUGACGGAAUGUUACUGCCUGACUUCCCCUCCGAGCCAGACAGUACAUACCAUUUCAGUUUAGUAUACCUGUUCGUCUGCUAUUUCCAUUUGGAUCUGUAAGAGAAUAUCUGUAAGAGAAUAUCAUGAUGGGAGGUGGUGACUGUGGUAGUGCUGUGUACUCUUCUGUACCAAGCCUGUCAGGCAUGUCCUUAACGCAGCAAUCCCGUGUGUUUGUGCCCUGAAUCAGUAGAGCAGUGUGACACACCCCGCUCACCUACUGCACGUCUGUUACGCUGACAUGGGCUGCUAUUCCCGCCUGAGUGACAUCGGCUGCUAUUCCCGCCUGAGUGACAUGGGCUGCUAUUCCCGCCUGAGUGACAUCGGCUGCUAUUCCCGCCUGACUGACAUGGGCUGCUAUUCCCGCCUGAGUGACAUGGGCUGCUAUUCCCGCCUGAGUGACAUGGGCUGCUAUUCCCGCCUGAGUGACAUGGGCUGCUAUUCCCGCUAUUCCCGCCUGAGUGUCUUGAGUGUCACCAUGUAUCUGCCUGUAUGGUGCUAGCAGUUAGGCUCCUUCAGUCCUUGUGCUUCUGCUUUGUCAUUAGCUGUGCUCGUUGCCAGAUUGUUUAUGUGUAGCGCCCUGCGGGCCGUGCAUAGGAUUCUUUCUGUGCAAAGUGUUGAUUCCAAUGAACAAAGCACUAGCGUGUAUAGCCAUAUAUCUGACAUUAGUAUUUAUCAAUGUACGUCAUGAAAUUUCUUUUUAUAGACACCGUAUAAAAAUCAUAUACAUGUACAUUGUACAUGUGCUUAUAAUGUUAUUGUUAUGAAACUUUCAUCUACACGCACUACACACACUACACGUACUACACAUGCCGCUAACCCUGCGGUUUACAUUGAGCCUGUAAGUUUGUGGACGUUAUAAUUAUCAUGACUUCUUCCGUAGCGUGUGUCAUCCGAUCUUCUCAUACUUGUACUUGACUGUGAAAUGAUACUUUUGAUAUGUCUUUUGAAUUUUUUUCUUGACUCUAUUUUUCAUUUAUCCUAUUAUUACUAUAUUUAGGGUAAUAAUGACAUGGCAGUGAGAAAGCAACUGAUGCCAGAAACGCUCAGGGAUCUUUUCACUUCUGCUAGGACUUUCCCAUUCCACAAACUAGUAGUGCUGAAUUCUUUCUGUUGUCUUUUUUUUAAAAGCACGUUUUCCAGGCA